AGGUGCCGACGCAAAAACGUUAUGUUUGCGAACCGAAACGUAUGAGAUCAAGAUGGAAAUGUCUCGAAUAUUCUUUGUGUGUACUUCUUAUUCCUCGAUUGAUUUAGCGUGCACGCUAAGGUCGCUUGUUUGACUACAGUCGUACAAAUUAAUAAUGUGGCAGACGCUCGAAUCUCUAGUGUUGUUUAAGUUCGUGAAACUGUGAAUGACAAAACAGUGAGUCCUGUUCAUGUUACGGAAGUGGAUAUCGUGAUGUUUAUGAGACUUGAAUCAGUGCACGUCUCGAAGUCCACGUGUGAAUUCGCGGUUUAACGCUCAGCGGUGACGAAAAAAAGAGAGAGAGAAAAAGUGACGGUAUCAGCCCACCCGUCCAUUCGGAAUCGCGCGAGUGAUCUUCACCGAGAGUAUACUAGUAUCGCCAACCAACCUCGACAACGAGAGGCACAUCGACGACGUCUCCGCGCGCGCGCGCGCGCGUGCGAGAGAGGAGAGAGAGAGAGAGAGAGAAAGGAACAGAUCGAGCGAACGAGUGUUUUUCUUUUUUUCGUUUAAAUAUUCGUCCACUUUGUUUAUCAUCACGAACACGAUGGAAUUCACCGCAUCGUGAUAUACGCAGCACGGUGACACUGGCGUUUGUCCCAGAUACCACGAGCUAUUGUGAGCAUUUGUCAUGGAUCAUUGGCGAUCCCAUGAGAUUAGAUAAUCCUCGAGUGUUGUACUAAAGAAAGAAAAGUGGAUGUGAUAAUCUGAAUAUUUACGAAACAAGAGUGAUUGGUGCACCUGCUCGCGUGGACAAGACAUUUUUUUUCACAGUAGUGCCACCAGGCUAUGGCCAACCUGAACUUUGAACAACCUCCACGCAGUAUUGCGAACGCAAGUCUCACUUCACGUGCAGCUGGCGGCGGUGGAGGGAGUUUGAGCAGUGUGGCCCUCGGGGGUCAUGUCACGCCUACCUCGGGCAUGUUCUCAGGCUCGUCUGCAAACACCUCGAAUACAGCCAACUCGGCGAUAGUCACCACCAACGUUUAUCCCGGAGUGUCGGCUUCUAGCAGUGGACAGAACAGUCAUCAACAGCAGCAGCAACUCUCUCCUAUGGGCAGUAGAGGACUGUUUGGACAGAGAGCUUUUACCGAUAGACGUACGAUGCCUGCUCUUGGAGCCUCAAAUCCAAUGGGUAGUAUGGGCAGUUUCGGAAUACCUCCAAGUCGCAAUUACGGAUCUCAAGGAGCGGUUAACAAUUUCCACUCUGUUUUUGGGAGUGGAGGUGGUGGAGAUACGAGUACUCCACCCUUGUUAGAUCUCUCGGAGUUUCCCUCCUUAACGAACAGAGGUCAAGGUGAUUCCAUGCCGCAACCUAGUCCCAUGCCAGGGAAACAGCCUUAUGUUGGAAUGGUGAAGCAGCCAACAUCCGAGUCAAGUGAAUUUACUAUGAGCUCGGAGGACUUUCCCGCAUUACCGGGAACGCAAAAUCGAGAAGGUCCGUCACCCGGCGGCAGCAUGUCUGGUGAUAAGAAUAUAUCUGUAGGACUCGGUCCAGAAAUUGGACAAGAUGUGCUGCAAGCCAACAGAGCGCCUGGAUCUGAAAAAUCUCAGUCUUCUAAAAGAGGCAUUCAAACAUCGCCUGAUGGCAAGGUGACGAACAUACCUGCGAGUAUGGUAAAGGAUCAAUUCGGCAUGGUUGGACUUUUGACGUUUAUUAGAGCGGCGGAGACAGAUCCGAACUUGGUGUCGCUAGCGUUAGGUCAAGAUCUUACUGCGUUAGGACUGAAUUUGAAUUCGCCAGAAAAUCUUUAUCAGAAUUUUGGUGGCCCCUGGGCGGAAACUCCAUGUCGACCGCAGGAUAUAGAUUUUCACGUACCACCAGAGUAUCUUAUAAAUGCCGCAAUCAGGGAUAAGCUAGCGCCAGUUAAACUAAAUCGAUAUAAAGAUGAUCUACUGUUUUAUAUGUUUUAUACAAAUGUUGGGGAUGUAUUGCAAUUAGCUGCUGCAGCGGAACUGUACAGCAGAGAAUGGCGAUAUCAUAUGGAAGAAAAAGUAUGGAUAACGCAGGCGCCAGGUUUGGGAAUUGUAGAAAAGACGUCGACAUACGAACGUGGUACUUAUUAUUAUUUUGAUGCGCAAAACUGGAGAAAGGUAGCUAAGGAAUUCCAUUUGGAUUAUGCAAAACUAGAAAGUAGACCUCAUCUUCCUUCGAACUUUCACCAAACUCAGCCUUGACUACAGACUUGUCUGCAGACCAUUGUGCUGUCUUUAAGCUGGAAACGAAUCAGCUAUUGUAUAAAUGAACAAAUUUAAUAAUCUUUAAUAAAAACAUAAAAUUUGAAGAGUAAUAAA